AUGGCGUUGCCAUCGUCUUCUGAGACGCCAACCUCGAACCAAUCGCACUCGUUCUACCAGCCUCACUUUCCCAGCGCCGAAGGACGCUCUGCUCCCAAAGAUGUCCGCACCUUGCCCAUGCGACCGCGCAGUGUCGGCCCCGUCUUUGACGCCGUGCGCGCGAGCCAACCCAUCGCCGAGUUCGACAAGCAACUUCACACCAACAACUACUCCAGUUCCGACCCUGUACCCGAUCCUGCCAGACUACCCGAACAGCCCGAUGACUUCCAAGACGCCUACCUGAUGCCCUCACUGACAGAGAAUGAGCGUCUCCGCCUGACGCUGUUCUGGUACUACACGCACGCCAACAAGAUGCUGGAAGAUAAGGACUUUCUGCUCGCUCUACAGCAGAAGUUGGACCUGGUUCAGACCUUUAUGGGCUGGGACUUUGCCAUCAUGGGCUUGCUCAGCGAGGAUGUCUUCACUCGUGUUGCGACCGCCGGCUUGCCCUUGGCCAUACUACCGCGUCGCGAGAGCACCUGUUCACACACCAUCAACCAGCCGCCCGGCACAGUCUUCAUGCUACCCAACAUGGCCAGUGAUUGGCGCUUCAAACAUUCACCUCACGUCGAGGAGGGCGGUCUGCGUAGUUACGCUGGUGCUAUGCUCCGCUGCAAGGCCGACACUGGUGAAGACGUCGCUCUCGGCAGUCUUUGCAUCGCUUCCAACUCCGAGCAGCCNCCACUCACCCCCAGCCAGCAAGACGCUCUGGUCCGUUUCGCCGACAUGAUCGCGAGUGAAAUUGUAGCCCGCGCGAGGGAAGCCCGAAGGCGUCAGCGCCAAGUCAUGGCCGAUCUCGUCGCCGAAACAUAUAAACACAACACUCCCGAAACCGUCAAGAACCAUGUCUUGGAUAUCAUUGCUCAGGUCUACCCUGACGCCGUAGUCACCAUUGAAGACGCUCCUGCCAACAACACCAUCUUCCUACCCAACCACGCCCCGGUCAAUUACGACGAUUUCCACGACGGUCUAUGGGAAGACUCGGAGAUCAUCGAAAACUUGAUUGUCACACAGAAUCAGUCUCAACUUGUCUCUGAAUCAACGGUUCGUGCAAUUGCGCACCCAUGUCAGAGAAUCCCUACCAUUAAAUAUCUUGUCCUUGCUUCAACAAACGUCCAGUUCGUAUUUGACGAUGUGGAUUCAUGGUUCAUCGAGAAGUGCGCAAGCUUGAUGGCAGACUCUACUCAAGAAAGCCGCCUUAAGGAGGCGCUAACAGCCAAGGAGGCUUUCCUCCGAGGCAUAACACAUCAAUUAAGAACACGUAAGUCGCUUGCUCUAAGCUUGUGUGUUUCGCGUCUAACGACAUUCAAUNNAGCUAUCCACGGCGUCUUGGGCUCAUGCGAACUACUUUUCGAGGAGCUGGCCAGCCGGGACAUGUUAUCAGCAGGUGCUUCCGGUCUGAAUCCUUCUUCCGUUCUUAGUGCCAUCAGGGACUCUGGUCGAGAGUUGAUGUCUACCGUCAACAACAUGCUCAAACUUAAUCGCUGGGCCGAAGAGACUGGUGGCUCUUUGCAACCUGCUUCGCUUCUAAGUUUGAAUCUGAUCGAAGCGGAGAUUAUCUACGAAGUACAGCAAUCGAUACCUGAGCACGAGCUGUCUCAGAUCUCUGUCAUGUUUGAGAACAGGCUCGGGACUGACGAGAGUAUGAUUGUAAUGGAUCUCUCGUUGCUGAAGGAGUGUAUUCAGGCGCUUGUCCAGAAUGCAUUAUCAUAUACCGACACUGGAGCUGUUAUCGUUGUCAUAAUGGCAUCUUCUGACUACACAAGACUAAUUUUCGAUAUCAAGGAUACUGGAUGCGGCAUUGCUCCCGACCACCAAGGACGGAUAUUUGACGCUUACGAGAAAGUGGAUACACAUACCAGAGGAGCAGGCCUUGGUCUUACUCUUUCAGCGAAGAUUGCCAAUGCUAUGAAUGGCAGCGUGACGUUGAUUUCCUCCAGACAAGACACAGAAGACCGAGGAUCGCUGUUCCGCGCAGAGUUCCUGAACCCAGGCUUUGCUUGUCCGCUCAUUCGUCCUGUUCCUUUUGACGCAGACUUCAAGGAUAUUCCCAGGAGCUUCCACGUUGUACCGGCCAAGUCACAGCGACCAGAACUCGUCUUACACUUUGCAUCUUAUCUAAGUCAUCACGGAUUCGCGGACUCGGAAACGCCUGACGACUCCUUUGUGAUACUGACUUACACGCCAGAUGCGGAUGAGUUUCGCCGCUUCGUUUCUGAAAUUGAUACGAGGCAAGUCGCUGUUUGUCUUGUACCUGCUGGGGCUACCACAGAAAAGCUUCAUGGCGUCCAUGAAGUGCGUUUCUUCUCAGGACCCUUCCUUACAUCUCGUCUAGAGGAGAUCACAACGGAACUCAACACCGUAUACAAGCGACUACACUCUGACCCCGAGGCUGGCGAAACCGCCUCGGGAUUGGCGAAUCGCAAUGACGCUCACCGUACGUCUGGAACUGAAAGCGGACUUGACCCAGCAGAUGCACAACCAAUGGCACUGUUGGUCGAUGACAAUGUCGUUAACCUACGCAUCAUGCGCAUGUACUGCGAAAAGCGCAAGAUCCAAUACCUCACCGCCAUGGACGGCGCAGAAGCAGUCAACGUCUUUGAGUCAUCGCUCGAGACACGGCCCAUCAAUCUCAUCCUCAUGGAUCUCCAAAUGCCGGUAUGCGAUGGCAUAGAAGCAACGCGGCGGAUCCGUGAAAUCGAAACGGAGAAAGCUCUACCUAGAUCGGCAUUGUUCAUCGUUACAGGCCAGGAUACUGUGGCUGACAAGCAAAACAGCUUCCAAGCUGGAGCCGAUGAGUUUUACGUCAAGCCUUUGGGGCUGAAGACGUUGGAUAAAGGCAUCAAGGAGUACUUCCCGGCUGUUGCGCAUGAAACAAAGACUGCUUCGCAAGUAGUCAAUGGGACAAAAGCAGCGGGCAAGGCUUAA